AAACGGUCUACAAGAGUUAAUGCAACAAAAAUAAGUUCAGAACCGGGUGCACAUUCACUCAGGAAUAUCACAACAUUCUAGAAAUUUAGUCCUGUAAGACACAGCAAGGACCAUGGCCACGCUCAGUGGCAAACCUGGGCUCAGGUAUAGUGUGUCCGACUGGGACACCAGAAACAAGCAGAUGUCUGAUACAGCUGAACAAUGGCGACACAUCUCACAUGAGACACGCCAAGAUGGGAGGGGUUUAUGCAUUGAGACAACCUGCAAGACCAGCUGGGAUGAGAUUAACAGCUCUCGAAGGCUCAGUGACCGAAUCUGGGACAUAUCACGCUGGAGAGAGACUUUAGAAUCCUGCGCAAAAGAGGUGGACAAAGAGAAGGAUGCAUUAACUCGGGGAAAAGAAGAGACAGAACGGGCCCUAGCAGCCACCAUGGUUUCCCUCGAGGUUGCAGUGGAAUGCCUGACCCUGAGAGAAGGUCGCUGUGGCAACGAGCUUGUCAACGACCCAGUAGAGGCUCAGCUAAAAAAGGAAGUGAAACUGAUCGAUGGAUUGCAGCAGAUGCUACAGCAACGCAUCGACAAGGCCUUCGAGCAGCUAUGUCUUCUUCAGGAAGCACGGCAACAGCUGACCCAAGAUCUUCAGAACAAGAUUGAGGCCCAGGACAUUGACCUGUCCUGCUUGUCACUCAAUGUGACAUCACCUGACAUCUCCUUGAAGCCCAACCCCCUGUGCAUACCUAUAGGCUCCACUACCCCUCAGCAGUGGGAGCAGUUCAGCCAAAACAAUGUGGCCCGAGCUCAGGAGGACAUUCAGGCAUCACUUCAACUAAGGGAGGACAUGAGGGUCACCAGGGCACAGUUGCAGAAUGAGCUGGAGGCUCAGCGUAUCGCCACAGAGUUUGCCAUCCGUAAACGCACUCACCAACUGGAGCAGGCAUGCAAUGAGAUGAAUUGGCAGCUGAAAAGCACUCAGGAUGAAAUCUUAAAUAUGGAGAAUGACAUACGGAGUCUGGAGGAUGACUUGCAAGCUAAGAUGGCUCCCCUAAAGCUUGUCCACACCCGACUGGAGAAUAGGAUCAAGAGGCCUGGAGUGGACCUCUGCAGGGAUGAGGUUCAGUUUGGCCUUGUGGAAGAAGCCAAACAGUUAGAGGCCACCAUUCUGGCACUGAAACAGAAACUUGCACAAGCUCGGUCUGUAAUUAUGAAUCAAUGUCUCACUUAUUUCUGGUACUCCCUCCAAGCCCUUCAGUUACACCAGGCCCAUAUGGGGGAGGAUCUGUCCCAGAAGCAAGAUGCCCUCUUUCUGGAACAGCGCAACCUGGAAACCCGCAGCCGCCUAAAUUCUGCUCCCUUUACUGAUUUGUCUUCGGGAGUCAUUGUUCCCCUGACUAACUCCAGUGGGAGACACAACCUGGAGCUGACCUAGACACCCCCACCCCCUAUCCAAACACAGACACACACACAUACAUACAACCGUACUUGUACACUGAGGCCUUAGAAUCCAAACUCUUCUCUCUGCGCUACUUAUGCCUGGCAAUCAAACUAAUCAUUCUGACAGUUUAAUUUUUUUGUACAUUUUAGUCAUUUAGCAGACACCUUUAAGUGACUUAGAGUAAGUACAGGGACAUAUUCCCUGGAGCAACAUAUUGUUUGGUACAGUGCCUUGCCCAGGGACACAACGAUAAUUGGCCCAGUUAGAAUUCGAAUAAGCUACCUUCUAAUUAUAAGCCCCCAUAAGUUAUUUCACGUGAUUGCUCUGGGAGCCAGUCGGGCAAAACAUUGUUAAAGCAUAGUGGGCUAACACAGGUAAUUCUAUGGAGCUAGUGCACGAGCUGGUCAAAUUUUCUUCUUUUACAGCCCAUGAAUGUUUACAGUAAACUCACAAAACAUGAAAAACAAAGGUAUACAAACAAACUGCAAGUUUUUGGCACUUGUGACCCAUAUACAGCACCCACUGCUUUAUUUACAUCGUUAAAAACAGUGACAUCCCUGCCGGAGCUGAACUUUGGGGAUGGGUAAAUAUACCUUGUGGAGAAUCCAUCCCCUUACACUGCUGCCAAAAUGAAAGCAUACAAAAGUACAAAUAGUUGUCUGUACAUUCAAUCAGGGUGUGUCAAUAAUGCAAUUGUUUGAGAGGUGAAGGAGAAAUUGUUCAUUGUCAAAGUAAAGUUGAGUGCUACUUUACAUAAAUUACCAUUGGUCCUAUGGGUGGUCAGUGUAGCGUAGUGCAGCCAGUAUAACACAGAACCUUGUGACAAAUAACUCAGUGAUAAUAAACACGUUUUCCCAAUGUCAGGUUAACCAUUCCUACUGUGACCCACCAUUGACAGCCUGGGUUGCUGUGGAGGUUAGAUUGGUGCAAUUUUCUCAUGUAUUAACUUAGUUAUUAAUUUAGCUAAUGUUUAACAAGAGAGGUUUAGCUAGCCUCACUAACGUUAGCUAGGCCAUUGGAGUUUGUUGCCUCGGUGCAGAUGAAAACAGACCAUGUCAUUCACAUUUACAAUGAAUACAUGUAGAUAUGACAACAAAUACAUUAUACACCGAUCAGCCGUAACAUUAUGACCACUGACAGGUAAAGUGAAUAACACUGAUAAUCUAGCUAUCAUGGCACUUGUCAGUGGGUGGUAUAUAUUAGGCAUCAAGUGAACAUUCCAUCCUUAAAGUUGAUGUGUUAGAAGCAGGAGAAAUUGGCAAGCAUAAGGAUGGCUAGACGACUGGUUCAGAGCAUCU